AUGGUGCCGCUGGUCGACGAAUAUGGCUUCAGCUGUGCUGCGCCCCCUCAAGACAUGGUGCCGCUGGUGAGAAAGCUUAAGGACAUAAUACAGGCUAACAACAACACAACCACAGUCAAAUGCCUGCGGACAGUGAAGCUUACCUGCAAGCUGGUCGUUUCAAUGGCACAGCUCAAGCCCAUGUGCAUCAAAGAUUUCACAGAGCACAAUUUCAUGGAUCUACACUUGGAGUCUUUGAAGACGUUGUCAGAUCUCGAUAACUGUCUCAUAUUAUUUGAGGUCGAUGAUCAUUAUCAGGUGACAAAGACUGAUCAAAUUUAUCAAAUGAUGGUAGCAGCUCAAGGGGUGCAACAUAUAGAAAGCCCAUCACAACAUGGGUCUAAUUCUCGACAGAACUCAAGGGUGCAUCGUUCAGAUGAGGUAGCACAUGAUUACAAUGGUAAUAACCAUUCACAAAAUAUGGUUGAAGAUGACUUCCAACUUACUAGGCGAGUUGCAAGCACUAUGGGUCGUCUAAGGAAUCGUGUAGAUGUUAAUACUAUUGAAGAGCAAAGUCACAGGCGAGACAUUGCAACAAUGGUACCUCAAAGAAAUCAUGGAUCAUCUCAAAAUGCAGAUGAUAAUCCUGUUGGUAAAGAAGUGAUAUUAUAUUCUAUGAUGAGAUCAGAAGUUCCUGUUGCAAUAGCAAAUAUUAUCUCAACCGACCCAACCACUAAGGUGGGAGAUGUUCCUCUUGGAAGAGAGUUCACACAGGUUUUUGUGACUCGCGUGCUAAAAAGGGAAAGUACUCUGCCACGACCAUACUUAGGUGUAGAGAGUAUGGGAGAUGCUCUUUUUAUGCCCAUUGCAUGGCCAACAAACAAGGGAAGAGGUGCUAGAAGCAAGGAUCAGAGUGCUUGA